CCCACGAGCACAGCUGCCGAGACAGAAAGUGGAAGGACGAGCGAAAACGCAGCUGGCAAAAAAAGCCUGAAACGUUGCACGGGAGUUCACGGGAAUAAAUCAGGAAGUGACCAAACUGAGGGUUGCCCCUUCACAGGGGACUUCGAUAUUAAAAAAAAAACAAAAAAAAAGAUUGUUUUCCAUAAUCCUGCAGAAACAAAUACACACUUGUGUAUAUUUAUGUUUACUGAUUUUAUUAAACUAUUGCAACAUAAUCAAAUAGAAAUAUGAGAAUUAAUUAUUGUAAUAUUAAAAUAUUCCUGUAAAACUGUACAGACACUGAACAUGAUUUUUUUUUUUUUUAAACUUUCUCUACGAAUGCUUUGGCCAUGUGGCCCUUGAGGACAAAAGUUUGCACACCCCUCCUACCAUGUGGGUAGAGUCGCCACAAGUAAGAGUACUGUUACUUUCGAGUGACAAGUAAAAAGAAGUCCCCCAAAUAAGUAUAUUUAUGCUUCAAUUAAAUAAUAAAGUCCUAAUUUCCUCGUUUUUUCAGCCGCGAAGAAAUGUGCGAGGAAAUUGAGACGAGAGCGACGCCGACGCACCUCCCAGCGCGCCCGAUCGAUCCAGGCUGCGUCUCUUCAGAGCUCGCGUGCUCAGCACCACCGGGACCAGGAUGGAGAAGAGCCAUCGCCACGGCGACACGGGCUGCAGCGACCCUGCGUGCGCACGCGCACACACAAACGACGAGCUCGUUUUGGCUAGCGAUGGCGACGGCGGAGAUGCUGCGGCCGGUGUCCCGCGAGCAGGCCAUCCUGGAGAGCUUCUUCGCGCAGCUCGGCAUGUUCUCCUUCGACCGCGCCAAGGACUACGUGGAGAAGGAGAAGGACGGCAGCAGCCGCAGCGGCGGCGCCGUGUGGGCCGCGCUGCUGGCCGCCUUGGCACACCUGGCCGCCGCCGAGAAGGCUUACCACAACAUGACCUUCCUGGGACACAAAAUGGGCGGCCAGUCCUUCUUCAGCCGCAAGGACUCCACGCGCACCAUCUACACGUCCCUGCACAACGAGCUGCGCAAGGCGGCAACGUCGGGGCGGCACGGCCAGCCGGGCUCGGCGUCCGCGGCGUACCUGGAGGAGCUGCUGUGCCACCUGGCCGAGCAGCUGUGCCACUUCGCGCAGGCCCGCGUGGACAUGGCCGACCUCUACGAGAAGAUGCACGCGCUGGCCGCGCAGAAGAACGUCAACGGUGAGGCGCUGGCGGCGGCGCUGGAGGCCGUGCUGCACAAGUACAGCUCCAAGUUCCACCACCCCAUCCUGGGCCGCCUGGAGGAGAGCUUCCAGACGGAGGUGGACGUGGUGAGCCAGCUGCUGCGCUGCCAGGGCCAGGUGUCCGAGUGGCGCUUCCUGCCCGCCCUGCUCAGCCUGCACGGCGCCGCCGCCAAGCUGGCGGCGUGGGGGCAACUCUUUCAGCGGCAAAAGGAGACCCGCAAACAUCUUUUCGGAGGUCAGUCCCACAAAAGCGUUCAGCCGCCGCACUUGUACGCCUGGCUGCAACGCUUCCAGGCCGCCCUGCUGGCCAAGUUCAGCUUCUACUUCCACGAAGCGCUGAGCCGCCAGACCGGCCCGGCCGAAAUGCGGGCGCUGACGGCCCGCGCCGCGCCCGACUACCACGGCAAGAUCUGCUCGUUCGUCCGAAAGCACGACGCCGGCAGCGUGUCGCUGGUGUUCGACACCCGCGGCUCCGAGAGCUUUCAGGGCCACGGCUACCGCCACCCGCACGCGUACCGCGAGGCGCCCAAGGGCGUGGAGCAGUUCCCCGCCGUGGUGUCGCUGCCGUCGGGCGAGCGCCCUCUCACGCACUGGCCCAACGUGGUGAUGAUGAUGGGCGACCGCGCCGCCGAGCUCGACGCCCCGGACAAGGUGGUGCACUUCUACGACGACAAGGUCCAGAGCACCUACUACCUGGCCCGGCCCGAGCCGCACUUCACGCUGGUGGUCAUCCUGGACGGCAGGAAGUCGGACAAGGACCUCGGCGUCGUGGCCUUCCUGCAGGAGAUGUGCGGCUCGCUGCGCAACUCCAAACCCUUCGGCGGCCUCAAGCCGGGCUCUAAGGGGUGAGCGUGCUUUCGACGCGUCCGGCCGCCUUUUUCAUUUGCUUUGGUGUUAGGAGCGCGCUUUGCUCUGUCGCCGCAAUAAAGAUCGCAGAUGCGAUCGAGAGCCGCCGGACUCAAGUUUGACACUCAACCCCGCAAAUUCCAUGAUUUUCUUCUGGAAUCUGUCCUCCGAUAUUCGCCAAAAAUAUUUUGGCCCAUUGGUGCCAGGGAAAGCAUUUGAAGUGAAUUGAGGAGCUUCAUUGAGACAAAAGUAGUCUUUUUUUUUUUUUUGCUGUCUUAUGUCAUCUUUAGGCAAUUACAAAUACAUUUCGUGGGGGCAAAUAUUUUAUUCUAAGUAAUAAUAUAUACUGCAUAUGUACAUAACAACGUACGUAAAUGUAGAUGUUUUAUGGAAUUAAAUAACAUUGAUAAAAGAAUAAUUCCUCAUUUAAAAAAAUACUACAAAUAAACUAUUUUACAUAUUU